UCCCAGAUUGCUGCAGAGACCAGCCGAAGUGGUGGGACCAGGAGGCGCACACAGGACAGGGGCAGAGGGGGCUCUAGAUAAUGAGAAACCUGAGUCGUUUACAGAGUAGUGAUGCAGCUGAGGACACUGGUUUUUGUAGCGUGGGUGCUGGGCUACAUCGCCUUUCUGCUCUCCGUCAGGAGGAUGUGGACGGGGAAGUACGUCCGGAGUCCACUCGUCCGGUCCCUGUUUGUGAACAUGGUGAGCGAGAACGAAGCGGCCGCGGCUGAGACGCAAGAGUGGUACCAGUGCUGUCCUGACCUGCUCGGAGAAUCAGUGCAACCCCUGUUCGUCCAAAGCCAUCUGGACUCUGGCACCAAGGCUUUUCUCAAGCGGAGCGUGGAGAAGUCUGGCUGGCUGUUCACCCAGCUCUACCACUCUUUCGUAUCAACGGUCCUCGGCCCUCUGGUCUCCCGCACUUCCAUCAACGGGUUUCUGGGUCGGGGCUCCAUGUUUGUGUUUUCCGCGGAGCAGUUCCAGCAGCUGCUCCGGAUCGGCCCAGAGUGGAGGGCUGAGAGGCUACUGGACCUCGGAGCUGGGGAUGGAGGCGUCACAGAGGUGAUGGGGGCCCAUUUCAGAGAGGUCUAUGCAACUGAGGUCUCAUUACCGAUGAAAUGGCAUCUUCAAAGGAGGAAUUACAAGGUGCUAGGGAUAGAUGAGUGGCAGCAGACUGGUUUCCAGUACGAUGUAGUCAGCUGUCUGAACCUGCUGGACCGCUGUGACGAUCCUCUGCACCUCCUGCGGGACAUCCAGCGAUCGCUGGUUCCCAACACCGGGAGACUCAUCCUGGCUGCGGUGCUUCCCUUCCAGCCUUACGUGGAAAUCGGAGGAAGAUGGCAGCGUCCCAAAGAACACCUGAAAGUAAAAGGAAAAACAUGGGAGGAACAAGUAACCGAACUGUCCAAUGAGGUUUUCCGAAGGGCGGGGUUUGAAGUGGAGGCUGUGACCCGGUUGCCAUACCUCUGUGAAGGGGACAUGUAUAACGAUUACUACGUUCUCGAUGAUGCAGUUUUUGUUCUCAAGGCCUCAGAGGAUAGUUCAGAGCCUGCACACUGAAUACCAAAUGCAUCAUGGGACUGUCGGAGGCCCAUAUUUUACUGUGUCUUGUUUGUUUACUCCGGGCAGGAUUUUAAUGCAAUUCUCAUAAGCUUCAUUCAUAAAACACAGUAUUUCUGACUUGUUUAGAAGUGGUGAGUCAGGUGUGAAGCUCAGGUACUGUAGUUCCUACAUUUACCAGCCAUUGUGCGUGAUACCUCCUACUUUUUAAGCAAAAAAUAACUGGAUAGCAGUUUGCCUGUAUUGAAACUCCACUGAAGAUCAAAUCUUCUAAGACAUAUCACCAUGUUGUAGGUGUUUGUUAUGUAGUCUGUUGUUUGUGGGGAAUGUUUACUGUUAGUUUGAUCAUUCUGUAAUAUCAGUGGGAGAAAUCAUGGUUGAUUUUUUUGUUGAAUUUGUAAUUUGUUCUGUGCCUAAUGCAAAGCACCAGUGUACGCACACACUUGAUUUAAUCCCUCUGAAUUGGGGUUGUUGUAUUUUAAAGGUGCUAUCAGUGAUAUUCUUUUGUUACAAUAAGUGUUAAAUAGCUCCACAUUCCGACAGCCAUCACUGUGUCCAGUCAGUAUCAUGGGUCUCCCAGUCCCUACUUUCUGCAGGAAAUGGAGAAUAUAUUUUCUAUCACCUGUUCCCACUUCAUCCAAUCAAGAGAGAGAACUCCACAAAGAGGCGGUCCUAAAGGGCAGGCAGCAGAAUUUCCGUGUGGUGACGUUGGCAGGAGGGAGGGCACUGCUAACUGCAAGAACGAACAAAAAGUCAGCCAAAAUGCGAAUUUCACUUACAGCACCUUUUAAUUUAAAAGAAAAUCUGUUAUCAGUGAUGAUAAAAGUAAUACGAGGCCUUCUUAAAGCUAGCCUAUGAAACUUAUGUGAAACAACGGCUACAAGUGACUUUUAUUGAUUCAUGUUUAAAGUUUAUUAUUGAAGAAUGUUUAAAGCUGCAUUUAUUGAUAUUUGUGCCACUAGGGGGCAGCGUAGCAAGCUGAAAACAUACUAGACAUAUCAUGCAAUGAAGUUGUUACGGCAAACUUGUUAGCAAACAGAAGCAGGAGCAACAUUAGCAUUAAUGUGGAGCCGUGUUUCUUGCAGCCUGUCUUCAAAUCCUGAGAAAAAUGUCUGGCUCUUUUGCUGCUAACAUUCUGCCCUACGUUCACAUGCUAGUUGCUAACUUUAUCUCCAGUGUGUUCGUCUAUUUGAGCCAUUGUUAAACUGAAAAACACUGAUUAGUGCAGCUUUAAUGCUAAAACAUAGUUUAACUGAGUAGAGAAAAAGCCAUAAAGCUGCCAAACUGAUACUCGGCAAUAUCUAGCUACGGUUUUCUAACAUUAGCCACCGUAUGCUGCUGGGCAUACCAGACCAAGUACGGCUGUAGCCUCAAAACUCCCCCGUGCAUUGAAUUAAGGAAGUGUGCGUUUUAUUGUUUUUGAAUUCAACUUUUUAUUUGUAAGAGGAAGGUUGCGUUAUUUGUACUUUCUAAAGUUACAUGGUCUCAUGUCAAUGUACUGCACAACGGACUAUUCAAAAUGUGCCACAACAAAUGCAAUAUUUGUAUUGAGUGUAUUGAGAGUAUAAUCUGGGUUCCAGAAUAAAAAAAAAUAUACAUUA